CGGCCCGGCAUCUCAUGACAUAUGAAGCGGAACAUGCAGGUCCACUUCCCCGCAUUCACUGACCUCCAGCUGCACCGUGACUCGUUGCGCCGGGGUUGUACACAUACCUUUUCCUAAGCCACAAACUUGCAACAAAAACAACGUCUUCAGCCAUGCUUGGCCUUCGUGCUCUCAGAACCUGCCGCACUCGGAUAGCUGCCAACGGCUUGCUUCUCCGUGGAAUGGCUUCGGCUGCUAAUGGUUCCAAGACUAUCAAGUUUAACUGGGAGGAUCCCUUGGACUUGGAAGGCCUACUCACAGAGGAUGAGCGAGCCAUUCGUGAUACCGCUCGAGAGUUCUGCCAGGAGCACCUUCUACCCCGCGUGCUGCAUGCCCAACGAACCGAAGAAUACGAUCCUAACGUCUUGCCCGAGAUGGGUGCCGUUGGCCUCCUCGGCGCAACUAUCAAUGGGUAUGGUUGUGCAGGUGUGAGUACCGUGGCAUACGGGCUCAUAGCUCGUGAGAUCGAACGUGUCGACUCAGGAUACCGUUCCACCGCUUCUGUUCAGUCAUCUUUGGUCAUGCACCCAAUUAACGAAUAUGGGACCAAGGAGCAGAAAGAGAAGUACCUUCCUCGGCUUGCCAAGGGCGAGAUCGUCGGAUGCUUCGGCCUGACUGAGCCCAACCAUGGAUCCGACCCGGCAGGUAUGGAGACUACUGCCGAAGAAGUGGACGGCGGCUUCAUUCUCAAUGGCGCAAAGACUUGGAUCACCAACGCGCCUAUUGCAGAUUUAUUUGUCGUCUGGGCACGAUGCAAAUGGGAUCAAAAGGUCCGCGGAUUCUUGAUUGAAAAGGGUACGAAGGGUCUAGCUGCACCCGCAAUCAAGAACAAGCUGGCUCUGCGUUGUUCCUUGACUGGUUCUAUCUUUUUGGAUAGCGUGAAGGUUAGCCAUGACGCCUUACUCCCCGGUGUUCAGGGUCUCAGAGGACCCUUUGGCUGCCUUAACAGUGCUCGGUAUGUUCCUCUAUUGAUUCCUCACUUUGACCUCAGUAUUGCGUCAAUUCUCACGAUCACAUUCAGUUAUGGCAUUUCGUGGGGUGCAAUGGGCGCACUCGAAGAUUGUAUUGCCCGAACCCGUGCGUAUGCUCUGGAACGCCAACAAUUCGAUCGUCCUCUCGCUUCUUUCCAACUCGUACAAAAGAAGUUGACAGAUGCACACACGGAGGUCACUUUGGGUUUGUUAGCGAGUUUGCAGGUCGGGAGACUGAAGGAUGCGGGUAAGGCCGCACCGGAGAUGAUCAGCAUGGUAAAGAGGAAUAAUUGUGGUAAGGCGUUGGAACAUGUGAGGAGGGUCUUGGACAUCCUGGGUGGGAACGCUUGUAGCGAUGAGUACCAUGUUGGACGACAUGCCGCUAACCUACAGGUCGUCAAUACUUACGAGGGCACCUAUGUGAGUCGAGACUCAUGUUGCGCUCUUUUGUGGAACCUGACGCGACCCUUUCUAGGACAUCCACACGCUGAUUCUUGGCAAGGCCAUUACAGGCAUCCAAGCCUUCGCAUAAACCCAAAUCGUCCAUGUUCAUACCCUCAAAAUGUCUCCAAGUCAUGUACUGUACACAAAGAUAUAGUUAUCAACUUGACAUUCGGGAAUCAUAGACUGCGAAUACGGUGUCAAGGCUGCUGUGAUUGUGGGAACAGACCCUUGAUAGAACUAUUAGAUAGAGGGUCAUAUGCCCCUGACCUGUAUUAUUCCGGCAUCUGAAUACGUCAGGUGUUUCCCUCGCUCCAAUUCAG